AUGCGAGCAUCCGGUUCUAGGGUUUCAAUGGAACAGUUGCCGGAGGAAAGGGUUUCAAUUGAACGGUUGCCCGAGGAAAUGCUUGCAGAAAUACUGAUAAGGUCAGAGGUGAGGGAUCUGAUCCGUUACAAGAGCGUUUUAAAUUCAUGGAAAUCUUUGAUCUCUCGAGCUGAUUUCAUCAAAGCCCAUCUUGAACACCGUUAUCGCCGUGAUCCUCAAAAUGACAAAAUUGUAAAAAGGAGAAUUGUUAUGUCUGUUAUGCUCUACGGUAACAAGCGAUGUAAUGCUGAUAAUAUCUAUUUUGACAGUCGCAAACGUCAUAUACUCGGUUCUUCAAAUGGUUUGGUAUGCAUUACUCCCUCUCAUACUGAAUUUUUACUUAUCAAUCCUGAAACUAGAGAGGUGAAUAAACUGAAAAAGCCCCAAAUACCUGACGCCGGACCUUUGACUUAUGGUUUUGGCUAUGAUUCAUCCAAAGAUGACUACAAGGUGGUCUUAGGUUUUGGGAAAGGUAGCAGUCAUACCUGUUUUCUAAUUUUUAGUUCAAAAUCCAACCUCUGGGAAGUUAUAGGAGAAGUGGACUACACUUGUAUCAGUAGGGUGGGUGUCCUUCACAGUGGAGCACUUCAUUGGGUUGCAUAUCAUGGUUCACCUGACGAUAAGCAACAGGUAAUUCUUUCUUUAGAUUUGUCCAAGGACAAAUUUAAGGAGAUUCCACAACCUGAUGAUAUGAGAUAUAAGAAUGAUGUUGCUUCCGAAGAAGCAAUGCGUUUGGGGACCAUGGAUGGUUGUCUGUGCGUAUUUGAUGGUAUGUCUUCUGUCAACACAUGGGUGAUGAAUGAGUAUAAUGUGAGACAAUCUUGGGAGCUUGUGUGGCGUAACCACAAGACUAAGACUGAAGUUGUGCAUCACUUGAAAGAUAUAAAGUACUACAUACCAAAGAAGAGGUUUCUGUGUCAUAAAGAGAGUGUUGUCCAAACUCCAGAGUUUAUAUGGGCCCCUAGUAAACCGGACAAAAAGAGGCAGGAAACAAGCAUCACCAACAGUCGCAAGGUACCAAAACUUUGUCUUGUCCCAGGUAGUUCAAGUGAGUUGGGUAAUCUUGAAAGCUAAGCAAUUUGAAUAUGAUGGGUCAUGGGGAUGAAGCUCCAGAGGAGGUGAUCUUGAAGAAAAGCUGCUGAGCACAUCAAUUACGUGUUGAAUCUUUAGGUUUCUGUUUAAAACUAUGUUUUAAACCCUGUUUUAUGUUAUUAGAGAUCUAUGGAAUUAUCUUUAACAAUCAUGUG